AUAUUCUUUGUUUCUUGAAAUUGUCUCCUCGCACUCUCACUUAUCGCUUCUUCAUCAGUUUACUGAUUUACUCUUGGUUUGAUCGAUAAAGUUUAGUCUUAUGGCGCAAAUAAUAAGAUCACUUGCCAAGACUUUAGGAAAGCCAAUAAAAUGCAAAGGUGCAGUAUGUAGAGGAGCAGGAGAAGCACUGGUGAUAGAAGAGAUAGAAGUGGCAACGCCCAAAGCUUAUGAAGUUAGGAUCAAAGUUUUAUGCACUUCUCUUUGUCAUAGUGAUCUUACUUAUUGGAAAGGCCUAGAAGGACCGAGAGGAGUGUUCCCGAGGAUUUUCGGCCAUGAGGCAGUCGGUAUGGUUGAGAGCGUGGGAGACAACGUGGUCGAAGUAAAAGAAGGCGACAUUGUCAUACCAUUUUUCCAUCCAAAUUGCGAGGAAUGUUGGGAUUGUAAAUCCAAAGAAAGCAACAUUUGCUCAAAGUUCCCCUUUGGUGGCUUAGGAAUGCCAAGGGAUGGGACUAGCAGGUUUACGGAUUCUAAAGGAGAGAUUGUACAUAACUUCAUCAAGGUUUCAAGCUUCAUUGAGUACACAGUUGUAGAUAUCUGCAAUCUGGUGAAGAUCAAUCCUGAUUUUCCUCUUGACAAGGCUUGCUUGCUUAGCUGUGGAGUUCCAACCGGCAUAGGUGCGGCGUGGAAGACAGCUAAAGUCAAGAAAGGGUCUACCGUUGCAAUAUUUGGUCUGGGCGCCAUUGGACUCGCGGUCGCAGAAGGAGCAAGGAUAAGUGGUGCUGCUAAAAUUAUUGGCAUCGAUUUAAACCCCCAGAAAUUCAAACUUGGAAGCAAAUUUGGAGUAACUGAUUUCAUUAACCCAAAAGAUUGUGGGAAUAGACCAGUGAAUGAGGUUAUAAAGGAAAUGACAGACGGAGGUGCUGAUUAUUGCUUUGAGUGUGUUGGACUGGCUUCCUUGAUGAAUCUUGCUUUCACCAGUUGCCGCAAUGGUUCCGGAAAGACAAUAAUCCUAGGAAUAGAAAUGAAUGGGACACCACUAAGCCUUGGUUGCUAUGAACUUCUCAGAGGAAAAACCAUUACUGGAUCGAUUUUCGGAGGUAUCAAAGCCAAAACUGAUAUCCCAAUCCUCGCACAAAGUUACAUAGACAAGGAACUUCAUUUGGACGAUUUUAUAACGCACGAGGUGAACUUCGAAGACAUAAACGAGGCCUUUGAUUUACUCAUCCAAGGCAAGAGCCUCCGAUGCAUUAUUUGGAUGGGCAGAUAGUCCCGGCCCUUCUAUCAUCAAUAAUGGUCGAAAUAUAUAAUACUUUAUAUUAUCCUCUUUAUGAGUCUACGACAAUGAGAUUUUCCAGCGUUUCUUUGUGUUGUUUUUCUCGUUUUCGUCGGCAAGAGUGGGUGAACAAGUUUAGUGUACUUAGAAGU